AAGAUGGGGUUGAUCAAAACAAAUUAAACUAAACGUUUUUUUAAAAAAAGUUUGAUGUUUUAACGUGAUUCGUUAAUGCUGAGUUAAGCACAGCUCAGCUUUCUCGUAGCUUUCCCACAUCUGCACUUUGCCAGACUUCAUCACUAUCCCCAAAUUGUAGUUGGUUUCUUAGGGUUUUCUGCAGAUUUUUCCUCCUUAAAAAUAAAAAUAAAGAGGAAAAUAUCUGAAAUUAACAAAACCAUAUUUUACAUGUCAUCAGCUUCUUCCCCACCGGAUCCAAAAUCGAUCCCCGCACAAAAUUCACCGGAUGAAGCCGCGACCACCGCCUGCUGCUCCUCCUCCUCCACCAUCACCUCCUUCACCGCCAGUUGACAUUCCUCUCUCUUGGCCUUCCGAUGCCAAGCUCACCCUCGAUUGGAUUCGACAUUUCUCCUCUGCCUUGGACUGGUCUUCCAGAAAUCUCCCUCCUUCAGAUUUGCCAUCCGUCUUGCCUGUUUCUGUCUUCGACUCUCUCGUCCUCACCGCUUCCAAGAUCCUUCACAAGGAGCCAAAUUGCGUCAAAAUUGACGAUUGCCUUUCGCUUCCUGAUUCCGCUGUUCUCGUUGUUGGAGACGUUCAUGGCCAACUCCAUGACCUUCUUUUCCUCUUGCAGGAUGCUGGAUUCCCUUCUCAUAAUCGCUUCUUUGUCUUCAAUGGUGAUUAUGUUGACCGAGGCGCUUGGGGUCUCGAGACCUUCUUGCUCUUGUUAGCUUGGAAGGUCUUUUUGCCUCAGAGAGUGUAUCUCCUCCGUGGCAAUCAUGAAUCCAAGUAUUGUACAUCUGUUUAUGGCUUUGAGAAGGAAGUUUUGGCAAAGUACGGUGAUAAAGGUAAGCAUGUAUAUAGGAAGUGUUUGGGAUGCUUUGAAGGGCUUCCCUUGGCCUCUGUUAUAGCUGGCCAUGUAUACACUGCUCAUGGAGGACUUUUCCGCAGUGUUGCCAUCCCCCAAUCAAAGAGAUCUAAAGGAAAGAAGAACCGAAGAAUAAUUCUUGAUCCUGGGGCCGUCCCUUUAACCCUUGGUUCUUUUCAGGAAUUGUCCACAGCUCGAAGAUCAGUGCUUGACCCACCAUGGGAAGGUUUGAAUCUGAUUCCUGGUGAUGUUUUAUGGUCUGAUCCAACAAUGAGACCAGGACUUUCACCUAAUAAAGAAAGAGGCAUUGGUCUAUUGUGGGGACCUGAUUGUACUGAAGAAUUUUUGAAAAAGUUCCAUCUAAAGCUAAUAAUCAGAUCCCAUGAAGGUCCUGAUGCAAGAGAAAAGAGGCCUGGUCUUGCAGGGAUGGAUGAAGGGUACACCAUAGAUCAUGUUGUAGAGUCAGGGAAGCUAAUUACUGUGUUUAGUGCUCCAGACUACCCACAAUUUCAGGCAACAGAGGAGAGAUAUAACAAUAAAGGGGCAUAUAUAGUUUUAAAACCCCCUAAUUUUGAUGACCCAGAGUUCCAUAGUUUUGAAGCAACUGCGCCAAGACCAGAGGUGAACGCCUAUUAUGACUAUGAAGAUGUGAUUGAUUCUGAUGAAGAAUUAGACUUGGCUUCGAUGGUAACUGCUACAUAAAAGACCAUCACAGGUUUUUAAUAUUGGAGAGUCGGCAAAUUUUCUAGUUGUAGAUGUAUUCUCUCCAUGAUUUUGUUGUGUGUCAAUUAUUUGUUACUUCAAUUAGUUUUUUACUAUCUGCUUGUUAUGUGGAAUAUAUACAGAUAACUUAUACAAUGUUUAUUUUUUUGUUG